UCAGCAUGAGGGGAUUUCAGUGAUUAUGGCGGCGGGACGGCUGGUAGCUGUAUGUCGGGGCUUCGCCACCGCCCUGAAGGGGCCCGGAAGCUUAGCGGGCUCGCUGGCCCCCGCCGCCAGCCCAGGAUUUACUUUCAGUUUGUUAAACAAAAUUAGAACUAACAUCAAUCCCCUCCAUCAAUAUAAAUUAAUUCAUACUACUUUGUCAAGAAAAGGACUAGAAGAAUUUUUUGAUGAUCCAAAAAAUUGGGGAGCAGAAACAGUCAAAUCAGGUGCUGCAUGGACCCAUGAACAGUUAAGGUGCAAGAGUAAUGAAGAUUUGCAUAAGCUUUGGUAUGUCCUACUGAAAGAAAGAAACAUGCUUCUCACGUUAGAGCAGGAGGCCAAAAGACAGAGAUUGCCAAUGCCUAGUCCCGAGCGAUUAGAAAAGGUGACAGAGUCCAUGGAUGCUUUAGAUAAAGUUGUUCAGGAAAGAGAUGAUGCUUUGAGACUUCUUCAGACAGGUCAAGAAAAGCCAAGACCAGGUGACUGGAGGAAAGACAUUUUUGGACAUAUCAUCUGGUACAAGUACAAGCAGUGGCCUAUACCCUGGUACCUCAACAAAAGCUACAACAAAAAGAAGUACUAUACAAUGCCUUUUGUGGAUCAGUUUGUCAGACUGAGGCUUGAAAAGUACUUACGUAGUGAAGCCAAGAAGAAAAGUUUAAAGAGAAGGAAAGAGAAGAUACUUCAAAGAAAAUUUCCACACAUGUCUGCUGAAGCCCAAAACUGAAAUCUAACCACGGAUACAGUGAACUCCUUUACUUUUCCUAGUUCUAUUUCACCCUUUAAAAUUAAACUUUUUCACUUAAUUUAAGACUGGCUGUUAACUCCAAGUAAGUGGUUAAUUAAAAAAAUUAUCUCGAUCUUAUGAGGUUUGAAUAUUCAUAA